UUACUCUUUUUCGAAAUCUACUCCUUUGUUCAGCACGCUGUAUAUAAAUACAACAAGACUUCUCAUUUACUUCUUCGUUCUCUCCUCUUCCUUGGAAUAAUUGUUUUUAUUCAUUGACUUAUUUAGCCUGUACAAAUAGCAAAAUGAUUGUUUCCUUAUACUCUUGCCACCGUUUAUACUCUAACUCGAGUGUACAAACUACAACUACAACUACAACAACAACAAUACAUAACAACGACAUAAAACCAUUAGAUCUGUCGCACGGGCAGUGUACUUGGUGCGGGAAAUAUGGCCAUCAACGUAAGAGGUGCCCUUACCUUCGAUAGAACGCAAAUCCACUUUUUGUGGUUUUUUUAAAUACAACGCCAUCGGUUUUAAUCAGUGUAAAAGUUAUAAAAGUAAAUAGCGGUUUAUAUGUACUUUGUCCUGAAGCAUCAACCUCAUUGCAUGUGCAUUUUUCCUCUAUUCUAUAUCCCUCAAUCUUACAUCUUUAAUAAAACAGCAUACAAGCCAUAAACGAGCAUUAAAAAACCAGUCUUCUUUUAACACAAAACCACCAAACUGUUAGCAGGG